UGGCUCGACAGCGGGCAUCGGGUCCUUAAAGUACCGGAUCGUCUGGAUCGACAGCGGGGCACCGGGUCAUCUGGCGCUGGAUCGUCUGGCUUGACAGCGGGCAUCGGGUCACCAGGCAUGAUAGCGGGCACUGGGUCAUCAGGUAUUGGAUCGUCUGGCUCGACAGCGGGCAUCGGGUCACCAGGCAUUGGUUCAUCUGGCUCGACAGCAGGCAUCGGGUCACCAGGUAUGACCGCGGGCACUGGGUCAUCAGGCAUCGGAUCGUCUGGCUCGACAGCGGGCAUCGGGUCACCAGGCAUGACAGUGGGCACCGGGUCAUCAGGUACCGGAUCGUCUGGCUCGACAGCGGGCACUGGGUCAUCAGGCGUGAUAGGAUCAUCAGGCUGGAUCAGUUCAUCAGGCUGGGUACAGGCUGGGUACAGACAUCAGGCUGGGUACAGACAUCAGGCUGAAGUGCGGGUGCCGAGGCACCAGGCUGAACCACGGAAGGCAGGUUCUCAGACGGCAGGCUCACCGGUUUGGAUACUGGCAGGAUGGGUUAAAGAAAGGAUAGGUGCAGCGAGUGGGAGCAGAGGACUGGUAUGUGGUAGUUUAGAGUAUACUGGGCAGUCACUGGGGGUGCUGUCGGGGAAGCAGGAAGAGUGCCUUGAGUGGAGGAAUGAUGUUGUAAGCUGACUGAGGCUGGGUGCAACAAGUCUGACCAUGUCUGCAGUAUGGGUUGAACGAAGCUCAGUUUACACAAAGCCUGUCUGGUCAAUGACUGCACUGCGUUUAUACAAUCUCUUAAUACCUGUGGUGAACAUGCAGAAUAACGCUCCAGAAAGU